AUGGGCGCAGCGCACCUUGCGGCAAGCAAGAACCGGCCCGUGUGCAUGGGCAACGCAACGACGCCAGCGCCGCCUCCCGCACUGGGGCACCGCGCUUUGGGGCAGCGCAGCAGGAGGAGGGAGGGCAAAGCAACGACGCCAGCGCCGCCUCCCGCACUGGGACGCCGCGCUUUGGGGCAGCAUAGUGGGAGGAGGGAGGACCCCUCCAUGUGGCUGCCGCCGUUGUCGUGCUCGACUGGAAGUGGAAAGACACACACAAUGCUUGGUGAAAUCAGUGAGUUGGGAGUGAAGCCUCGUUCAGAAUGUGGCAUGGCACCACGUAUUUUUCAGUUCUUGAUUGCGAGAAUCAGAACGGAAGAAGAGAGCAGGAGGGAUGAGAAUCUUAAGUACAACUGCAAGUGUUCUUUCCUGGAGAUCUACAAUGAACAAAUUACAGAUCUUCUUGACCCGUCAUCCACAAAUCUUCAACUCCGCGAAGAUACGCGGCUUGGUGUCUAUGUUGAAAAUUUGACUAAACGUGAAGUUACAUGUGUUAGUGACAUCAUAACACUUUUGAUGCAGGGUUCUAUGAAUAGGAAAGUGUCGAACACGCUGGUGAACAGGGACCUCACCCGGUUCACGGAGUCGCUGGCCGCGGAGAAGAAGUAG